GAGAAAAUUGGCAUUCGUGAACAUCGAGCUUUUGCGGUGGCGGUCGCAUAGAUAUUAUAGUACGUGAAGUGAAUGUCUCCUAGCUAGCAUCAAUUUAGUAUAUUUCUUUAACCUUAGUUAUUUUUAGAAAUAAAUCAAAAUGAAACUCAUCUACCUAAUGUUAUUAGUUUUACCCGCGGCUCUGCUGUGCUUCCAAAACGCUAAUAUCCUAGCAAGAGCAGAGGAAGACGAACUGGAUGAUGUAGUGGAUAUUGAAGGUGAAGACAACCAGGUUGUCGGUGAUGAUGUUAUUGGCGAUGAAGAUGACUCUGUUGUAAAGUCAUCACAAGAUGUAGACACGACCAUAUUGUUCACCAAACCCAUCACUAACUAUGGUGAUGUGUCAUUUGAUUUACAAGCCGGAAAUCCAGUGGAAUUCCUCGUUGGUUUCAUCAACAAGGGCUCUGAAGACUACUUGGUGGAGACAAUGGAAGCUUCCUUCAGAUAUCCUCUGGAUUACACUUACUACAUCCAGAACUUCACCGCUCUGCCUUACAACCGCGAGGUCAAACCGAAGCAAGAAGCCACCUUUGCUUAUUCGUUCAUUCCUAAUGAAGCGUUCGCUGGCAGACCUUUUGGAUUAAACAUUCAGAUCAACUACAAGGACGCUAGCGGCAACUCAUACCAGGAAGCAGUCUACAACCAAACAGUCAACAUUGUCGAAAUCUCUGAAGGUCUAGACGGAGAGACAUUCUUCCUAUACGUAUUCUUGGGUGCAGCCUGCGUACUGAUCCUCGUGUUGGGCCAGCAAGCUCUAUCAUCACUCGCCCGUCGUCGCUCACCGAGAUCAGCCCCUAAACCCUUGGAGACUGGUACAGCUAAUGAUGUAGAUUACGACUGGCUGCCGAAGGAAGUCGUUAACCAGUUGAAAAAAUCACCCAAGACGCCGAAACAGUCGCCACGCAUGAGGAAGGCCAAGAGAUCGGCGGGAGAUGACUAAUUUUAGUUUUUUAAAUUAAUUUUUAGUUAACAUCAAAUCAGCCAGGAGUUUACAGUGAUCAGUCAAUUAAAAUAAGAAUAAGAUUUCAAUAAUUGUAUACUGCAAAAAUAAUGUUAAUUAGUUUAGGAAGCAGUUGAUAUAGCUUUCUUUUUCACUUUUUAUACUUACACCUAAUAAAAAUUAACUAAGAUGUACAAUAAAUUGUCUUAAUUCUUAUUUUAUUUGAUGUAAAGUGAUGAGACUGUGUGUUUAGUUUAAGAGUGAGAGUAAAUUAUGGAACAAAAUGAGUGGACAUCUUUGCAAUAAUGUUGCGUUACGAGAAGACAUUAUUUAAAUAUUAAAAAUGUUACAUUUUUA